CAGACUCAAAAAAUGCUCAAGUCUUGCAGAAAGUUGAAGGGAGUCUCUGCUUUGAAGUCUUCAAUCCAACAACAAUUAAAAAACAACUCUGUUUUUUCAUCUUCAUCAUCAUUAAUUAAUUCUACUACUAAAACAUCCACAACAACAUCCAAUACUAAAAGAUGUUUUUCAUCUAAUACCAAAAAUUUGGUUGUGCUAGGAAAUAGUGCUGUUAGACAAGGAACAAUGACCGAUAAGGGACCACAACUCUCACAAGUUUAUCCAGUAAUUGACCAUACUUAUGAUGCUGUUGUUGUAGGUGCUGGUGGUGCUGGUCUCGUUUGUGCUGCCAACUUGGCCAAAGCUGGAUACAAGGUUGCCUGUAUUUCCAAGUUGUUCCCAACAAGAUCACACACUGUUGCUGCUCAAGGUGGUAUUAACGCUGCUCUUGGAAAUAUGACAGAAGAUCACUGGACUUAUCACGCCUAUGAUACAGUCAAGGGUAGCGAUUGGUUGGGUGAUCAAGAUGCUAUUCACUACAUGUGUAAAGAAGCUCCACAAGCCGUUAUUGAAAUGGAACAUAUGGGUCUUCCUUUCUCUCGUACUCCUGAAGGUAAAAUUUAUCAAAGAGCUUUCGGUGGUCAAAGUAUCAAGUUUGGUAAAGGUGGUCAAGCUAGAAGAUGUUGUGCUGCUGCUGAUAGAACAGGUCACGCUCUUCUCCACACAAACUAUGGUAUGGCUUUGAAAUAUGACGUCCAAUUCUUUAUUGAAUAUUUCGCUUUGGACUUGUUGAUGGAAGGAGAUGAAUGUAGAGGUGUUAUGACUUAUUGUCUUGAAGAUAGUAGUAUGCAUCGUUUCCGUUCUCACUACACUAUUUUGGCUACAGGAGGUUAUGGUAGAGCUUAUGGUUCAUGUACUUCUGCUCACACUUGUACUGGUGACGGUACUGCCAUGGUUUCUAGAGCUGGUUUACCAAAUCAAGAUUUGGAAUUUGUUCAAUUCCACCCUACUGGUAUCUAUGGUGCUGGUUGUUUAAUUACAGAAGGCGCUCGUGGUGAAGGUGGUUUCUUGAGAAAUAGUGAAGGUGAACGUUUUAUGGAAAAGUAUGCUCCUAGUGUCAAGGAUUUGGCUUCAAGAGACGUUGUCAGUAGAGCUAUGACUAUGGAAAUUUUGGAAGGUAGAGGAUGCGGUCCAAAGAAGGAUCACAUUCACUUGCACUUGGAUCACUUGCCAACUGAUUUACUUCACGAAAGAUUACCAGGUAUUACUGAAACUGCCAAGAUUUUCGCUGGUGUCGAUUUGACUAAGGAACCAAUUCCAGUCGUUCCAACUGUUCACUACAAUAUGGGUGGUGUUCCAACUCUUUACACUGGUCAAGUUGUCUAUAAGAAGUCUGAAGAUCAACCAGAUUAUCCAGUUAAGGGUUUGUUGGCUGCUGGUGAAGUUGCUUGUGCUUCUGUUCACGGUGCUAAUCGUUUGGGUGCUAACUCACUUUUGGAUCUUGUCGUCUUUGGUCGUGCUUGUGCUUUGUACGUCAUGGAAAAUUUGCCAAAGGAUACUAAGCAUAAGCCUCUUCCAUCUGAUGCUGGUAUGCAAUCAAUUGUUCGUUUGGAUAAGCUUUUCAAUAGUGAUAAGGGAACUAUCAAAUGUCACGAAUUGAGAAAGGAAAUGCAAAGUGUCAUGCAAAACUAUGCUGCUGUCUAUCGUAAGCAAGAAACUUUGGAAACUGGUUGUAAACUCAUUAAGGAAGCUUAUGAUAAGCUCCCAUACCUUAAGUUGGGCGAUAAGUCACCAAUUUACAAUGUUAACCUUUAUGAAAUUCUCGAAUUACAAAACCUUUUGAUCAAUGCUGUACAAACUAUGCUUUCAGCUGAAAACAGAAAGGAAUCCAGAGGUGCUCACGCUCGUGACGACUUCCCAGACAGAGAUGAUGCUACAUGGAUGAAGCACACUCUUACCACAAUGGAUGUUGAUACUGGUAAGGUCAAUAUUGAAUAUAGACCAGUCCACAGUUAUACUCUCGAUGAAAAGGAGUGGGGAUAUAUUCCACCAUUCAAGCGUGUCUAUUAAUUCACUUUAGAGCAGGAAUCAAAACGAAUUUUGUACAAUUAACUUAAUUUAAGGGUCAUCAAUAAGGGACCAAAAAAUAUUAUAAUUUAAAUAAUAAAAUAUUGUUAAACAU